UGGACUGGAUGGACUGGUUGGACUAGGUGGACUGGUUGGACUGGAUGGACUGGUUGGACUGGGUGGACUGGAUGGACUGGGUGGACUGGUUAACUGAAUGCUCUGGGUUUACCUCCACCCAUGGAACAAGUGUCACAUGACUGAUGUCACAUGACUGAUGUCACAUGACCGUCAUCAUGGACGUGGACAGCCUAGAAGGUCUGAAUGAAGUCCGAGCCUGUGUGUACAGAGCAACACUGAAAAUACACACUCUGAGGACACACCUGCACUUACAUGUGGUUUGUGUCAGACAUAUCACAGACGCUCUCCUGGCAGUGGGCGGGGCCAAACAGCUGACCAGACAGGAAGUGAUGCUGACUCUGAACAGGAUGUUCCACAGCGUGUCACAGGAAGUGCCUGGUCAUGUGACUGCAGAGGCUGUGGAGCAGACCUGCAGUCUGAUGUUCAGACUGUACGACAGAUCUCCUUCAGUUGCUUCAGUUGCUUCAGUUGCUUCAGUUUCUCUGCUCACAGCUCUGAUUGGUCUGUCUGCAGACGGAGUGUCUGACAAGUACACAGCUCUUCUGUCCGUUUCCAUGGAUACGUCUGGGUUGGUCAGCAGGUCGUCCCUCAGGUCUGUACUGCAGGACCUGGCACAGGUCCCUGUGGCGGUGCAGGAACACGCUGUGUUCGGAGACGUGGAGGAGGCCGUCAAGUCCUGUUUUAAAGGGGUGCUCACCCCCUCCGUGACACGGGAACAUGUCAUGUCGUGGCUGCAGGCGGAGCCGCGGCUGUUGCUAUGGUUACCCACCCUGUACCGCUUGUCCGUCAGUCAGAACGUCAGCCAUCCCGUCCGCUGCCAUGCCUGCAAGACCCGUCCCAUGACCGGGCUCAGGUAUCGCUGUCUUCAGUGUGUGAACGUCCAUCUGUGUCAGAGCUGCUUCCUGACAGAAAAACAAACAAAGAAACAUAAAACACAUCAUCCAGUGAUGGAGUUCUGCACACAGCCAACCUGGAGAGAAUCUCUGUCCUCAUUGGCCCACAGCGCUCGUCAUGCUCUGUUACCACGGCGAUACACCCAGAGGGAGGCCAACAAGAGGCGGGGCCACCUGAGGGUGGAGCCAGGAGACUCUGAGAGCAGUGCCCCGCCCACUUCAGAUCGCUGUGAUGCAGACAUUUCCCAUGAUGCCUGUGUGUCUAAAGCCCUGCAGACUGAGGACCCCCCAGUGGACCAGUCGGAGACUCUGAUGACUGAAGUCCAAAACCUGCACAGAGACAAAUGGCUGUUGGAACAGCAGGUCCACGCCUGGAGGCUGGCCGUCCAAUCAGAGCAGGGCGUUCUGGAGGACAGGUGCUCUGAGAUGGAGGUUACCAUGGAAACACUCAGACAACACAACCUGCGCCUACAGAGCAUGCUCACACAGGCUUUGCAGAAGAUGGAGGCUCAACAUGACAGGACGGACGGUCACCAUGGAAACCCCUCCACCGACACCAGAGGAGAUGCAGAGGAUGAGCAGCGUUUCCACAGAGACCACAAGACCACCAUGACAGAAGAUGAAGAAGAAGAAGAGAAGGGUAACCAUGGAGACCACAGGUGUAACACAACAGGUGAAGAAGAGGAAGAGGAGGAGCCUUUCUGCAGUGAGUUUGGAGCAGAAACUCCAUCUCCCACAAUCCUGUGCAGCUCACCACUGUCACAUGACCUGCACGUGGGGCACUACGAGGAGCCCGCAGAUGACGGGUGUCUGUGUCCUCCAAUGGGACAGCGGGACACACCUGAGGAGGCGGAGCCCCGGGGAGAGCCGGUGACGUCCCCGCCCAAGGAAGAGGAGCAUGAUGGGAAAUGUAGUGAAGAGGAGCUGCUGCAGGAGACCAUAGAGCGACUGAAGGUUACCAUGGAGACGAACAGGCGGAUGCAGACAGGUGACAGGAAGUGGGCGGAGCUUCUGGGAGCUGCAGACGAGGUGGGACACAGGUUACAUCAGCUGGUGGAGGCGCUGCGAUCCAACACACAGGAUCCAAUUACAAAAGGCCUUUAUUGAUUAUUGACCAAUAAACA